AUGGUCCAAAAGUACAACAUCCUUGGCGCCCAGGUUGGGUCUCACUACCUGGCGAUGGGCAUUCUCGGCACCCUCUUCGGCACCGCCUAUGCCUUCUCUGGCGGCAGCAAGAAGACUCCUGCCACUCCCCCGAUCAACGCCUCCAGCUCCGACGAGGCCGACUUCAUCAAGAAGUUUAUGGAGCAGGCCGAGGCGGAACAGAAGAAGUCGGAAGCAAAGCACUAA